CAUAAUGAAAAAUUCGCCCGAAGCUCUUGUCGGACAACGUGACUCUUUGUCACAAGCCAAAUUGCUGAAAUAUUAAAACGGUCUUUGAAUAAAAUUAAACUUUUGUCAUUUCAGCAAAAAAAAAAAACCAAAGGAGUCGAGCAACAUUGCCAUCUACAGGCACCGUCUUCUCGAUGUGUGUCCGGCUGUUUGCCUUGGGUGUUGAGUUCUUGGAGCGCCGUCGGUUGUUGGCGUCUUAACUCGUUGCCAGGGCUUUGCGUUUUUGAAUGUCUUUAAUGCCAUCGCUGUCGUUUAGAAGCUCUUUCUCCUCCGACAAACAUUUCAACAACCUUUAAUGCAGCCGUGUUUUGGUGCUGCUUUUGUUUGUUUUAAGGUUUCCGUUUGGUUGUUUUCGUCCGGAGGUGUCGUCGGCACAUUCGAUUUCAGUUGUCGGGUGUACGAAUAGCAAACGAAGGAAACGAGACAUUUGUCGUCGCACCAAUUUGUGUCGACAUGUUAACUUUUGUGUAAUUGUUGAUUUCUUGUUCAGCUGUAUCACUGCUAUUAGCGUUGCUGUUGCCGCUGUUGCUAUACCGUUUGUUGUUUUCUUAAAUUAUCUGCAAUAAAAGCAAUGACCACAAAUUACUCUCAUUAUUAUCACACAAUGGUAGAAGUGACAAGUUGACAACUCCAUUCACGUUGAUUUCGAUAGCAAUAGGGUGUGUGUGUAUGUAUUCAGGGACACACACACCCACAUGCUCACUCACCCCGCAUGUGGCUAUACAAAUGUAUAUGCUGUGAUAUAUCUUUUUAGACAUUUAUUUCAAUCGCUCGUAAUAAAAAGGAGAUAUUCUCCCUUAGAUGUCUGCUCAUCGUAAAUGGUGGUGUCAUCGAUUUUUCCUAUUGCCCCAACAACAACUACAACAAUGAGAACGACGACGUUGAGUAUGGGUACAUGUGUGCAAGAUUGUGGCCCAUCUGGGCGUAUGAUUGUUUCAGUCUUGGUUUCCAAAUCGAAUAAAUCAUACGCUCGGGAAUAUGCUCUGCAAUCACUUUUUGCUUGUUAUUGGAAAAAUGCUGAGAAGUCAUCGCGCUUGUUUAAUUAACUUGGAAGCCAGCACACAGAUACCAGUAUCAAAGGAUUUGCACAGCAGGACCCGGAGACAGAAAAAACGAUGUCCGUCGCAUAGCUGGUUUUACCAAUGGAUGUAGCAACAUGGACGCAGUCACAGACACAUACACGCACCAACCUCCAUUUGCUAUGUGCGUUUGUGUAAAAUAAUGAUUUACUGGAGCAUAAGAGUCAUGUCGAAGUGUUACGUCAAUCACUCGUUCCUCCACUGCGCCCUCUUUGAAAACGAUACUCGUUGCUAUCGUCAGCUCUGUCGGACCCCUCCACAAAAUGAAAUCAAAGCAUAAGAGUUGUGUAACUGCCGCUGCCGUUGCUGCUGGAGCUGGGGAAAAAAUGAAAUCCGUGAUUCUGUAUCCUUAUGGUCCGUUGACAGCCACCGGAUGCUGUCGCAUGUUGCACGCCAAAAAUUUGGCCAUAGCAAGCGCCAUCUAUACAAUAAAUAUAUCACUGUUGAUUGUCCUGAUAUACUCAUGGCGUAUAAACAUCAACAUAAACAAGUCCGGCGACUUGGAGGAUGUCUACUAUGGAGUCCAAAUUGCCUAUUUCGCCAUAAUUGGAACCCAAAUGUCAAUGAUUAUUCUGAGCGUGAUGCUGCUUUAUGGAAUCCUUAAGGAAAACCCUGGUCUAAUUGUUCCGUGGAUCAUUGGUUACAUAACAUUUAUGGCACUGGAAGCAGUCGCAAUGGUGUAUUCGAACGUGUUGCGGGAUCAUGUCAACAAGCAAUUCGAUGCGAUGUGCAAAGCGGAAGUGGCAUUUUUUAUAGCUCGCGCUUUCAUAAACGUAAGUAAAAGAGCAUAAAGGGUGCAUGGCAUGUUUGUUUCCUUUUUUAUUUCGCUUUCAGCGAUUUUCUUUCAUUUGUGCGACUUUAAGUCCUCAGUAUUACUUAUUAUUUCAUUUUCCAAAUGACCACAAACACACUUCAUCCACAUCCUGCGAAUCGAUGGACUUUUGGAAAACUCUUUGGACACAGCUCACAAACCAGUAGUUAACAAUGGGCAGAGCAAAUGCAAAUAGGCUAUAGAAGUCGAUGUGAGUGGAACCCAUGAACACCUCUGCAAGCCAUGCGAAUGUCUCGAAGACCAAUAUCAGAAGAUUUAAGGUCAACCAAGGUGUCAUAUGA